GUUGCUAAGGCAUUCCAUCGGAUCGCUUGGCUGGUUGGGCUAUAACGACUAUAAAUCCUCCGACUCUGAGUGACCGCUCCGUCAUUCAUAGCAAUGAGCGACCUCCAGAGAGCUUGGGCGAAAUCCAGGCUCAGUGCUGGCGUGAGUCCAGAUGCAUUUGAUGAACGGGAGGAGCAGGACAGCUACAUCGGGGACCUGCCUGAAAUACCCAUCGAAGACGAUUCCUCGUCAGCAUCUUCUGCGUCGUCUACAGGCACUAUAAUACCCUCGCCAAGCAGAAACUUGUUCGCACGACCAGAAGGCAGUGUACCAAGAGGGCGUGCAUUGACCCAGAUACCCUGGACUACGUACUUUGAGAGGGAACUAUUUCUCAAAAGCCCCGGGGAUAAUGCGUCCAGUCUAACGCUGCACGCAUACCUAAGUUCGCCGGUGGGCAAGGGGCCACUGUUUGUCAUGCAUCACGGCGCAGGCUCAUCCGGACUGUCCUUUGCGGUGGUCGGUUCUGAGAUCCGAAAGCGGCUACCGACAGCUGGCAUCCUCUCUCACGACGCACGAGGCCAUGGUGAGACCACUGCGCCCGGUGGUGAGCUCGAUUUGAGUCUUACUACUUUAUCCAAUGACUUAUUGGCUGUGAUUAUCAAAACCAAGGCGGAGAUGAAGUGGCAGGAGCUCCCGUCAAUCAUCCUCGUCGGCCACUCACUCGGUGGUGCAGUGGUGACGGAAUUGGCCAAGUCAGGCGAACUCGGAAAUUCGCUGCUUGGAUAUGCAGUGCUCGAUGUAGUAGAAGGUUCGGCUAUAGAUGCACUGCAGAGUAUGCAGACAUAUUUGUCUACACGGCCUACCGGGUUUGUUAGCCUCGAGGCCGGUAUAGAAUGGCACGUAAGGUCAAGGACAGUUCGCAAUGCGGUGUCGGCCCGCACAAGUGUGCCAGCACUGUUAACGCAUUCAACCAAAGAAGGAGAUCCGAGGCCAUGGAGAUGGAGAACGGAUCUCGCAAGCACACAGCCGUUUUGGGAGAAUUGGUUCGUGGGUCUAAGCAAGAAAUUCCUCAGCGCACGAGGUGGAAAAUUACUACUACUUGCCGGGACAGAUAGGCUGGACACGGAGCUGACAAUUGGCCAAAUGCAAGGCAAAUACAAUCUGCAAGUGUUUCCCGAAGCUGGUCACUUCAUCCACGAGGAUCUUCCCGAGAAGACAGCAAUUUCGCUGGUAGAUUUCCACAAGCGCAACGACAGAAGCGCACUCGUAUUGCCCCCAAAGGUUUCCGAUCUUUUGAAGCAGGGCAAGAGAGUGUAGACUGAAUAGACACCGUCUUCCCAACAACGAUGGAGGGGCUAAACUGCAUGACGUCCACGUCUGGUUCCCCAGGCCAAUGGUGGGCACAAAACGGACCUGCUUCAUUCUGCCUGCAUUGUUUGCCCAGACAGCAAACGGAAAGCCUUUUUAUUUCGUUCGUCUUUUC